CUCCCAAGAAGCCUCUUACUAUAUUUAGCAGAGAAAAACUGUUUGAAAACGAGUAGCCAUGAGCAACUGAAAAUAUGAUAAUUGUAUAAGCUUUUCUUCAGUUGUUCUUCUCUUUGGCAAGCUGAAUUAUUGUGGGUUGUCCAAGUUUUGGGUCAUGUUAUUAAUGGCUUCUCAACUCUCAAUCGUUUUCUCGCUUAGUUUGCUUCCUGGCAUUGCUUCUGCCAUUGAUGUUUUUGGAGGAAUGGAGUUCAGCUAUUUAGGCAAAGAUGGCCCAGACAGGUGGGGAAUGUUGGAGCCAAAAUUCGCACCAUGUUCCAUAGGGAAAAGACAGUCUCCCAUAAACAUUCAGAGGAAUCUAACGGUCCACAACAAGCUAUUGAAACCUUUAACCAGGAACUACAAUUCUGUAAAUGCUACCCUCUUUAACAAAGGCUACAGCGUUGGGGUGCGUUUCGAGGAAUAUCCUGGAGAUUUAUGGAUUAAUGGCAAAAAUUACAGCCUCAAGCAAUUUCACUGGCAUUUACCUGCAGAGCAUCAAAUUGAAGGGCAACAAUUUGCAGCUGAGCUUCAUUUGGUCCAUCAGGCAGCAGUGGAUGGCAGCUUUGCAGUUAUAGCAGCACUCUACCAAGAAAGCAACGCUGAUCCACUUAUUUGCAGGAUAAUAGAAGGAUUGAAACAUUUGGGAGGGGAAAAUACGACAGUUCCUCUUGGUAUCUUGAAUAUAAACGAAUUGAACCGAAGAAGCCGCAAGUAUUACACAUAUGUUGGUUCUCUUACCACUCCCCCAUGCUCCGAGAAUGUCAUAUGGAUCAUUCUCGGCAAGGUGAUGUCGAUUUCGAAAGAGCAGAUAAUCGCUCUGGACAUUCCAUUGAACUCAGAUUGCAAGAAAAACGCAAGGCCUUGUCAGCCAUUGAAUGGUCGAGAGGUUGACAUGUAUGAUGAGCUUAGUUGUUAAUGUUCUUCACUCAAAUUGGGUGCAAUACGUGGUGGGAUAAAACUAUUGUUGUAUUUCAUUAGCACUGUUGAAUUUGUAUUCGUGCUUAAGAAAUUUAAAAUUAUAUUAAAGUUGGUUCAA